AUGGAUAGGAACACUCUCCUGCUUAUCCUGUUAUUUAUUUUCGUGUGCGUCGACAUGAUAAUGUCGUACAGUUCGAGAUGCAACGACGGCGAGACCCGAUCGGUUCUGCUUCAGCUGAAGAGACAUCUUCUCUGCGAGUACGAUUCUGAAGUAAGACCGGUGCAGACCAACAACAAUGUGACGCGCGUAAAAUUGCACAUCAUUCCGCAAUUCUUAGACUAUAAUAGCGAGGAAGAAAUCUUCGAGCUGCACACGUGGACAUCAAUGACGUGGAACGAUUCGCAUUUGACGUGGGAUCCCGUGCAUUUCGACAACAUUCAGCUUAUAUUCAUGUCCGCCUACGAAAUUUGGCUGCCGGACAUUUAUCUUCAUAACGUAAAUAUGGAGGACAGCGUAUUCUUGGCUUUCACGCAGACGAAGUGCUGGGUAUGGAAGAAAGGAAGGGUGCAGUGGUUAACACCGAUGAAAUAUUCCACAUACUGCAUCGCGGAUAACACGUGGUGGCCAUACAACAUCAUGAAUUGUUCCAUACAGUUCGGCUCGUGGUCAUAUUCCGGCGACGAGAUUGAUCUCGACCACUAUCCGAAUCUGAUAACGACGGCGGAUCUGCACGAAUAUCAGACGAACGUCGAAUGGGACUUGUUGAAAUUUUACAUAACGAGCCGGGAGGAGACACACAAAUUCAAUUCGAACAUUACCUCCAGGUUGCUCUCUUAUCACUUUAUUCUCAAGAGGCAUUGGGGCAUUAUACGUAUUGCGUACGUGACACCUUCUAUAGUACUGAUGGUACUGACAUUGACGACAUUGUGGCUGGAAUCGAAGUCUCCCGAGCGAAUGAUAAUCGCUAAUCUUAACUUCAUCUGCCAUUUAUUAUGCAUGUCUAACGUGCACUGGGAAAUGCCGAAAAGCGGCUUCAAUGUCCCUAAACUAUUAACUUUCUACGAGAGUUCCUUCGCGUUGGCGUCGUUUGUGCUUAUCCUUACGAACAUCCUGCGACAACUGCAAGAGCUCACCACUGCGCCGCCUCUAUGGAUCUCGGCGGCCACGACAUCCCUUUUACGCAGCCGCGUCGGUCAGAUUCUUCUAAUCAGCAUUUUAGACCCUGCCGUAACCGCCAAAAUAGAAGCCGAUGCGGACGAUAAUGCCGAUCUUGUGCAAUCUAAUAGUAAGAAAUCACCAUGGAGCUACGUGAUCGUAAUCGUCAGUUGGUUGGCGUUUUCGAGCGUCCUCUUCAGUUACAUCGUACUGUUGGCCACGUGUAUGCCGACACUAAACUAA